AUGCCGCAGUGUGAUGGUGGUGUUGGGGGAAGGGUGGAUGGUUGUGGCAAAAUGGGUUUGGGGUGGACGAAGGAGAGUUGGUGGAGGAGAAAUGGGUUUAUGGUAUAUGGCUGCGAUGAUGGAAAUAAUUUAAGUGAACCUGAAUCGUUUGUUGGCUGCUGUGAUUGGUUUCUGUUCGAUUGGACAGGGGGCGAAACUGAGAGGUGCUCGUCGAUGAACAUGUUCCGAACAUUGAUAAACCGGCGGGCGAGGAGGUCACUCAAGACGUGGGGACUGGAGAAGGCACCAACAUGGAUGGUAUGGCGGCCGAGCCUCUGGAGCAUCAGCCACCGCUUGCACACCAAAGAGCAGGCGUCCCAGCUCAUCUCCGAAUCCAGCAGUAAUCUGAAACCAUAUAUUGUUCACGUUGCUCAUCCUACUGGUUCCUCAAAUGAUCUGCUUAGCUACUAUCAAACAUUUUUGCCUGAGGAAUCUCGCAUGAUCUAUUCCUACCAUACUGUGUUUAAAGGCUUUGCUGCUAGAUUAUCGCCUGAGGAAGUGAAGGCAAUGGAAAAGAUUCCUGGAUUCAUCUCAGCCCGAGUGCAAGAUGUAGUAUCUUUAUAUACAACCCAUUCUCCUUACUUCUUGGGGUUGAACUAUAAUAUGGGACUGUGGAAAGAGUCCAAUUACGGUAAAGGUGUGAUAAUUGGAGUGAUAGAUAGCGGAAUAUUCCCUGAUCAUCCUUCGUUUAGCGAUGAAGGAAUGCCUCCACCUCCUGCUAAGUGGAAAGGAAAGUGUCAAUUUAAUUUCAAGGCGGGAAACAAUAAGCUCAUUGGAGCGAAGGAUUUUUCGCGUGAAAAUGGGACACCAUUGGAUGAGAAUGGCCAUGGCACGCAUGUUGCUAGCAUUGCUGCAGGGAAUUUUGUACCAGGUGCGAAUUUAUUUGGCAAUGCAAAUGGCACGACUGCAGGAAUUGCUCCGCUUGCUCACUUGGCUAUGUAUAAAAUUAAGACAAAUGCCUAUUCGGAAAUUGACAUUAAGAUGGAAUUGAAUGUUUUGCGUGCAAUAGAUGCUGCAAUUUCUGAUGGGGUGGAUGUGAUUUCUCUUUCUGUUGGCUGCUUGACUAGCGACUAUUUGGAUGACUUAAUCGCAAUAGGUGCAUUUAAAGCAAUUGAAAGGGGCAUUUUUGUGUGCGCCGCAGCUGGAAAUGAAGGGCCAAAUAUUGGUACUGUAGCAAAUUAUGCUCCGUUGAUACUCACUGUGGGUGCAAGUACCAUUGACAGAAAGAUUAGAGCAACUGUUGUGCUGGGAAACAAUUUAGAGCUAGAUGGAGAGUCGGCUUUUCAGCGUAUGGAUUUCACUCCUAUGCAAUUAUCUCUCGUCUACCUUGGAUCGACUGCUAGUAACUCAUUUUGCAUACUAGCAUCUCUCGCAAACAUCGAUGUCAGAGGGAAAGUAGUGUUGUGUGAAACAGGUAGGAUAGGAAGAAUUAAGACAGGUCAAGCAUUCAGGAAAGCUGGUUGUGCCGCCGUGAUUUUCAUGAAUAAGGAGCUCGAAGGCGACACCAUAAAUUUAAAGGCUCAUUUUCAUCCUGUAGUUUAUAUCAGUUAUGCCGAUGGACUAAAAGUGAUAGCGUAUAUUAAUUCAACGGCUACUCCGAGAGCUUCAUUGUCAUUCAAAGGAACUAUUAUUGGAGAUGAUCGAGCUCCAUCUGUUGCUUAUUUUUCAGGUAGGGGUCCUAAUCCGUUAAGCAUUGGAAUUCUUAAACCCGACAUUAUUGGCCCUGGCGUCAAUAUUGUUGCAGCUUGGCAUGUUCCAGUUGAAAAAAUUAGUACCAAAUGUCCAUUCAACAUGAUUUCUGGAACUUCAAUGGCCACUCCUCACUUGAGCGGCAUCGCGUCAUUGUUGAAAUGUGCACACCCGAGUUGGUCCCCUGCAAUGAUUAAAUCUGCAAUUAUGACCACGGCUGAUCCGAUGAACAUUGUCAAUAACCCCAUUGAAGACCAAACUCUACAACCAGCAAAUAUUUUUGCUACCGGUUCUGGUCACGUGAACGCAAUAGAAGCAAUUGAUCCUGGAUUAGUUUAUGAUAUUCAUCCUGAAGAGUACAUACGUUAUUUGUUCAGUUUGAAUUACACGAACGAGCAGGUCAAUACUAUUGUGAGCCGGGAGGUUGACGGUUCAAAUAUAUCCGGCAUAUCUGAUGCUGAACUAAACUAUCCUUCAUUUGGCAUCUUUCUUAGAUACACAAGUCAAACAUAUUUCAGGACAGUUACUAAUGUGGGUGAGGACAAUUCAAUUUAUUCUGUAGUAAUUGACUCUCCACUGGGUAUUAAUGUGAGUGUUGAGCCCAGCAGACUUCAGUUUUCUAAGUUGAACCAGAAGUUGACCUAUAAGGUGACAUUCAGCCGAUCAGCCACAGUCAGACUCAAUUCAGUUGGUCAAGGAUCCCUUAUAUGGAUCUCUGCUAAGUACUCCGUGAGGAGUCCGAUUGUUGUUUACAUUGAAUGA